AUGAAAAGGGAUCCAAAAUGGCCAGCGGCCCCACCUCCUUCUCCCAUGGUAGGGGGAAGUCGUUGGCGGCACGCGGUGAAGGACCAGGGCAGAGAGACCCUCAUCAUGGAGGUGGAUACAGGGUCGCCCAUCAGCCCCAUAAAAAACUUCCUGGCUGGGGGCUUCGGAGGCAUAUGCCUGGUGUUCGUUGGCCACCCGUUGGACACAGUGAAGGUGAAGCUGCAGACCCAGCCCAAGAACCUGCCAGUACAGCUUCCCCACUAUUCCGGGGCCUUGGAUUGUUUCAGAAAGAUCCUAGCGAAAGAGGGGAUUCCAGGAUUGUACCAAGGAAUGGCCGCGCCCCUUGUGGGCGUCGCUCCCAUAUUGGCCACGUGCUUCUUUGGCUUUGGAUUGGGCAAAAAACUACAACAGAAAAACCCAGAUGAUGCCUUGACUUAUCCUCAGCUGUUUGUAGCCGGAAUGUUAUCUGGUGUGUUCACAACAGCAAUCAUGGCCCCUGGAGAAAGAAUCAAGUGUCUCUUACAGAUUCAAGCUGCUUCAAAAAAAAGAAAAUACAAUGGGGCGUGGGACUGUGUCAGAAAGGUGUAUCAGGAAGCCGGAAUCAGAGGCAUUUACAAAGGGACUGUGCUCACCCUCAUGCGAGAUGUUCCUGCCAAUGGCAUGUACUUCAUGACUUACGAGUGGCUGAAAAAUAUUUUAACCCCACAAGGCAAAAGUGUUCAUGAUCUCAGUGCUCCGCGAAUCCUGACUGCCGGAGGGGCAGCGGGAAUCUUCUUCUGGGUUAUGGCUAUCCCUCCCGAUGUCCUGAAGUCCCGCUACCAGACUGCCCCACCGGGGAAAUACCCGAAUGGAUUCCGGGAUGUACUGAAAGAACUGAUCAUCCUAGAGGGGGUCACCUCCCUGUAUAAAGGUCUUACAGCUGUCAUGAUGCGCGCCUUCCCAGCUAAUGCUGCCUGUUUCCUUGGCUUUGAAGUUGCAAUGUCGUUCCUUAAUUGGGCCGCCCCUAAUUUGUGA